CAUGUGUGUAGAUGCUCCAUAGGGCGGCCGGCGGCGGCGGUGGCCUGGGCAUGGACGAUGGCUUCGCUCCUGCUCCAGCUGGUGCUACUCGGCCUGACGAUGGUGGCCUUAGCCCUGAUAUUGGUUUCCUUUGUUGCAUUUAUAACUGCUGGAGAAAUGCCCCGCCUUCAUCGACAUGAACAAGAGAAGUUCUUCUUAAAUGCCAAAGGCCAGAAGGAAGCUUUACCCAGCAUAUGGGACUCACCUACCAAACAGCUUUCUGUUGUUGUGCCUUCAUACAACGAAGAAAAACGGUUGCCUGUCAUGAUGGAUGAAGCUCUGGACUAUCUAGAGAACAGACAGAAACAAGAUUCUGCGUUCACUUAUGAAGUGAUAGUAGUUGAUGAUGGCAGCAAAGACAAGACUUCAAAGGUUGCUUAUAAGUAUUGCCUGAAAUAUGGAAGUGACAAAGUACGAGUGAUAACACUGGUGAAGAAUCGUGGGAAAGGAGGAGCUAUUAAGAUGGGUAUAUUUAGUUCUCGAGGAGAAAAAGUCCUUAUGGCAGAUGCUGAUGGAGCCACAAAGUUUCCAGAUAUUGAGAAAUUAGAAAAGGGAUUGGAUGACCUGCAACCUUGGCCUGAUAGAAUGGCUAUUGCUUGUGGAUCUCGAGCACAUUUAGAAAAAGAAUCAAUUGCUCAGCGUUCUUACUUCCGUUCUCUUCUCAUGUAUGGUUUCCACUUUCUGGUGUGGUUCCUUUGUGUCCGAGGAAUCAGAGACACACAGUGCGGGUUCAAAUUAUUGACCCGAGAAGCAGCUUCGCGGACAUUUUCAUCUCUACAUAUUGAACGGUGGGCAUUUGAUGUAGAACUGCUUUAUAUAGCACAGUUCUUUCAAAUUCCAAUAGCAGAAAUUGCUGUCAACUGGUCUGAAAUUGAAGGUUCUAAAUUAGUUCCAUUUUGGAGCUGGCUCCAAAUGGGCAAGGAUCUACUUUUUAUACGACUUCGGUAUUUGACUGGUGCCUGGAGACUUGAACAAAACAGGAAAAUCAAUUAGGGUAUUUGCCAUCUUUGAUUGUAUUAUUGUCUAUCAGUGUCACAUUUCAUUUUAAAUAAAGUUGAAAUAUAUCUA